AUGAAUAUGUUUUGGUCUAUAUUGAUCUAUUCUCUCCUUUAUGUUAGUAUAUUCUUCAAUGUUCAAGGCUAUGACAACGAUAAAGAUGUUUUGCUGAGAAGCUUGAUUCGUCGAAGGGUUGCUCGCUCGAGCUGUUCUGAUCCAAAACUAUGUCUGUCGAAAUGGGGUUAUUGUGGAACGGGAGACGCUUAUUGUGGUGCUGGUUGUCAAGCUGGUCCAUGCACAGGAGGUGGCGGUGCGACUCCUAAACCGGACACAAGUGGAGGUGGCGCUGCCUGUCCUAUAUCAACUCAAUGUCGAUCUCAAUGGGGUUACUGUGGAACAGGAGAAGCUUAUUGUGGUGCUGGUUGUCAAGCUGGUCCAUGCACAGGAGGACGUGGUACGACUCCUAAACCGGACCCAAGUGGAGGCGGAGGCACCGGAGGUGGCACUUUUCAAGGAGAUGCUACAUAUUAUAGCGUUAGUGUUGGCUACACAGCAUGUGGAACAAUGAAUAGUGAUAGUGAAUAUAUCGCUGCAUUGAACGCACCACAAUUCGAUCCAUAUACACCUGGUGGCAAUCCAAAUAGAAAUAGCUUAUGUGGAAAGCUAGCCAAUGUCGUUGGUCCGUUAGGAUCUGUUACGGUAAAAAUUGUUGAUAGAUGUCCUGUAUGUAAGUACGGCGAUCUUGAUCUAUCCGAAGCUGCUUUCAGAGCCGCAGUUGGAGACUUUAGCAUUGGCCGUGCAAGAAUUACAUGGAAAUGGCUUUAA